CCGACCCCCAAAGCUUUGAGGAAGUUGCGCAAGACAACUAGCUAGUUACAAUGGCGCCUCUAGAUCUGGAUAAAUAUGCGGAGAUCGCAAAACAGUGCAAAUACCUUCCAGAAAAUGACCUAAAGAGAUUAUGUGACUACGUGUGUGAUCUUCUGCUGGAGGAGUCUAACGUUCAACCUGUUUCUACUCCAGUAACAGUAUGUGGGGACAUACACGGACAGUUUUAUGAUCUUUGUGAACUAUUUCGAACUGGCGGCCAAGUUCCAGAUACAAAUUACAUAUUUAUGGGAGACUUUGUUGACCGAGGAUACUACAGUUUGGAGACUUUUACCUACUUGCUGGUGCUGAAAGCCAAAUGGCCAGACCGCAUUACUCUUCUGCGUGGAAAUCAUGAGAGCAGACAGAUUACUCAAGUUUACGGCUUUUAUGAUGAGUGCCAGACCAAAUAUGGAAACGCUAAUGCCUGGCGUUAUUGCACCAAAGUGUUUGAUAUGUUAACAGUGGCAGCUCUGAUGGAUGAACAGAUCCUGUGUGUACACGGAGGCCUCUCUCCUGAUAUUAAAACCUUAGACCAAAUUCGGACCAUUGAGCGGAACCAGGAAAUCCCUCACAAAGGAGCCUUUUGUGAUUUGGUUUGGUCUGAUCCGGAAGAUGUGGACACUUGGGCCAUCAGCCCGAGAGGAGCAGGUUGGCUCUUUGGUGCUAAAGUCACAAAUGAGUUUGUCCACAUCAACAAUCUGAAGCUGAUUUGCCGGGCACAUCAACUGGUCCAUGAGGGCUACAAGUUUAUGUUUGAUGAGAAGCUGGUCACGGUGUGGUCAGCUCCCAACUACUGCUAUCGCUGUGGCAACAUCGCCUCCAUUAUGGUCUUCAAAGAUGCUAACACAAGAGAGCCAAAGCUCUUCAGAGCAGUGCCUGAUUCUGAAAGGGUCAUCCCACCUCGGACAACAACACCUUAUUUCCUGUAAGAUGAUGAAAUCCAAAACAUUUAGUUGUUGUUUUUUUUUUAGUGCAAAGACACCAAGGAGAGUGGCGACAGCACUUGUGAGUCUGUAUGACUUUUGUAGUGUAAAUAUAAAGUAUUUACAGUGCCAACUAUUGUUGAUUUCCCCCCUCUGUACAUUUAAAGCCAUGUAUCUGCAGCUUGAAUCGGAAGCCCUUCACCUCAACCUGGAAGUUUGCGAGAAGCUACAUGUUAUCAACAUAGCUUUCUUCUGCACAUUUAGCAUUAUCCAUUGCAUUAGAAUUUCAAUUAUGGAUGGGAACUAGACAUCAAUCGUUAUCUCUUUGUUAUUGUUUAUUGCAGUCCUUUUGAAAUCUUACUCUCGUUAUCUCUUUGUUAUUGUUUAUUGCAGUCCUUUCGAAAUCUUACAAUGUCUUUAUCCCCCUCUUGUUUUCUCUUUACAUUUCUCCAUGUGAAUUGGCAAGAACCACGUGAUCUCUGACUGCUCAAACAGCAGCUUGGACUUUUGAUAUUUCAAUCAUGGAAAAAAAAAAAACAACAGCCAAAUAUGGAAUACUGUACAUUCACGUACAUGGAAGGUUGAUACUGCUAUGUGAGCUGCUGUUUUAGUGUAAUUGUUUUUAUUUUAUUUUUCACUGAAGCAGUGAUGCGCUAAACUGUCUCACAGACUUGUAACUUCUCACAGACAUUCAGUUCUCACUUGGGGCUUAAAUCACAAAGAUAUUUCACAGCUCAGUAAGCUAGAAUCUGUUUGCUGAGGUCAACUGACCGUUGUAAAAUGUUCAUAUGUGCAGAUCUCUGUUUUACUUUACAAUAAAGAUUUACUCGUCUGAACUAA